UGGAUUCCCAGCAAAAGUUACAGUGGUCAGUGGUAAUGUAAGAAGUGAAUGGCUUUAUGAUGCUUAGCAGUGCAGGCUUCUGAUCAUCAAGACGGAUCACUGAUUGGUUAAUUGACAGACGGAAGAUGAAGACAUCCGGUAUCUUGAGCUGCUGAGGUCUCAAGAAAAUGAUGGAGAUGACCAACAGUAACUCAACCAACAACUCUUGCAUUCACAUCAGUACAACUACUCCUGAGAUUAGAAAGUCUCUCAUCACUGUGUCUAUCAUUUUUCACUUCCUGAUAUUUCUCCUCGGUGUGCUCGGGAAUGGACUGGUUAUCUGGGUGACCGGGUUCAAGAUGAAGAAAACAGUAAACACAGUUUGGUAUCUCAACCUUGCUGUGGCCGACUUCAUCUUUGUAGCAUUUCUACCCCUCAAUGUAAUAAACCUUGCUUUAGACUUCCACUGGCCUUUUGGCAACUUCAUGUGCAAGCUCAACACCAUGGUACUUAUUCUGAACAUGUUUGCCAGUGUCUACAUUCUGGUGGUGAUCAGUACAGACAGAUGUGUGUCUGUGGUGUGGCCCGUCUGGGCUCAGAACAACCGAAAUGUGCGUAAGGCCUUGUUUGUGACUCUGGGUGUUUGGGGGGUGGCUUUGAUGAUCGGCUUUCCAUAUUCCAUCAUCAUGGACACAGAGCAAGCGUGUGAGAAUGAAAACAAAACUCUCUGCUUAAACAGCUACGCUAUUUCUGAUGACUAUAAUGCAGAAUCUCCCAAUAUACUGCGACAAUUUCGUUAUCCACCCAUUAUCAUCGCCCGCUUCCUUGUGCUUUUUGCAGUCCCAUUCUCUGUCAUUGUCUCCUGUAACGCUGUAAUAAUCCAUCAUCUCAGAAGAAACCACACACUGGCAAGGAAGUCAGGUCGCCCCUUUAAGAUCAUUGUUGCCAUUAUCAUCACAUUUUUUCUGUGCUGGGCUCCCAUUUACAUUAUGGAUCUAAUUGUGCUGGCGAAAGAAAUGGACACUUCAAGUGGUGUCAUUGGGAUCCCUUUGGCCACCAAUUUGGCCUUUCUCAAUAGCUGCCUGAAUCCACUGCUGUAUGUGUUUGUGGGCAAAGAUUUUAAGAAAGAAGUCUGCAAAUCCAUUCUAGCGGCAAUGGAGACUGCCUUCCAGGAAGAGGAGAAACGCUCUCAGAGUUAUACUAAGUCAGUUAGCACAAAUACAUUUCAGCUUUGAAAGCUGAUGUGUAAGGUUGUUAAUGACACAAAGAACCAUAAGGAAACAAUAUUACUCCAGAGAAAAUCUUUCUAGACCUGUGUUGUUUGAUAUAUAUAAAAAAAGGUUUAAUAAAUAAUUAUACCCAU